UUUUUCACCAUGCAAAAGUUUGUUUCGAUCGUCGGAUCAUACAUCACAUCAUAUCCAUUUUACUCAAAAAUAAAAAAGUUUAACUCAAUAAUAAAGUUUAUUAAUCUAAUAAUCAAAAUAAACAUGUGCAUGGUGAGGCUUACCGCACACUUGUGUUUCGUAUAUAUGAAUACGUAAUAAAGCAAAAGCAAAAAUCCACACUUCAAAUCUUUUAGCUUUUCCUUUCGAGUCUUGGUUGAUAAAACACUUGUAUUCUUUCUACGAUCUUUCUUCUCUCUUUCUACACUUUCUCUAAAUUCUGGUCAAGGAAAUGGAAGAUUACGGCUACAGCGACAAUGACGAUGAUUAUCAUUUCUCUGAUCAAGAAGAUUCCGAGCUCGAAUUACUCCAAAACGAUCUCCACAAUUUUCAGUUUUCCUCUUCCAAAGCUCCCAUUGCUCAGGUUUUCCCUUUCAAUUUGGUUUUCAUUUUCUGCCAAUCAUUUUCAUGUGAUUGUGACUUUGUGUAUUGAUUGUUGUUAUCUCAAUGAAGCGCAUUAUAUUAAGAAGAGAAUGAGUGUCGAUGAAACUUUCAAGCUUUAUAACUGUUUUUUGCUAAAUAUUUUGUUGAAUUCUUGAUUGUGUUACAUCAAUGUUGAUGGCUAUGAAUCACUGACACCAGAAACCGGUUAAAAUUUGAGAAAAUAAUUUAAUUGAAUGUAAAUACGUAAUCACAUGUGUUUGUGUCAGACACUGUGUUGAACAUCGGACAUUACCUUCAAUCAGAAGUGUCGGUCCGUGCUACUAGGAUUGCUCGUUUUAACCACAGAUAAGUUGGUUAAACCAUAACCAUAUCCACAUUAAGUGUCCAAACAGAUCGUAAUAUGGAUUGGAUUAUAAAUCCAAUUAAAAAAUUUAUCCGGAUUUUUCAUGACCAGAUGUGGAUGUGGUUAUGGUUAAAUUAUCCGGCGGUUAAAUGAACAACCCUAGUGCUGAGUUUGUUCAAGGAAUUAGAAUUGAGAGUCACCUAAUUUUUUGUGAUUUAUAUAGUCUGUAAUGUAUGGUUAUAUAUAUGAUCUAACUUUCAAAUUGACUUCCUUUUGGUCUUUUCUUUGCACCGACAUUUUUCUAUUGAACUGCUUUGCCAUUUGCAGGUGAUUACAAAGGAAUCACUCAUAGCUGCACAGAAAGAGGAAUUGCAGAGAGUGAUGGACAUGCUUUCUAUAAGACAACAAGAUGCGCGCACACUGCUUAUUUAUCAUCGUUGGGAUGUGGACCAUUUGUUUGAAGUUUAUGUAGAAAAAGGGAAGGAAUUUAUGUUUGCUCAGGCUGGUGUUAGUGUGGAUGAAUAUCAUGAUUCUGACUCGCCGGUUAGUGCUGUAGUAAUGUGUGAAAUCUGCAUAGACGAUGUUCCAAGUGAUGAAGCAACAAGAAUGGACUGUGGUCACUGCUUUUGCAACUCCUGUUGGACACAACAUUUUUUAGUCAAGGUAAAUGAGGGUCAAAGUAAACGCAUCCGAUGCAUGGCUCACAAAUGUAAUUCAAUUUGCGAUGAAACUGUCGUAAUAACUCUACUCGGUAGAAGGCACCCUGAUAUGGCAGAGAAAUAUGAACGCUUUCUUCUUGAAUCCUACAUUGACGACAAUAAGAAAGUUAAAUGGUGUCCGAGCACGCCACAUUGUGGGAAUGCAAUUCGUGCUGAGGGUGAUGACUUGUGUGAGGUAGAAUGUUCAUGUGGUGAACAAUUUUGUUUCAAUUGCUUGUCAGAGGCACACUCCCCAUGUUCAUGUUUGAUGUGGGAGCUUUGGCAACAUGAGCAUCAAGAUGAAGUAGAAUCUGAUAAUUGGAUAAUUAUUCAUACGAAACCUUGUCCAAAGUGCCACAAACCGGUGGAAAAGAAUGGUGGUUGUAAUUGGGUUGGCUGUAUUUGCGGCCAACCAUUUUGUUGGUUGUGUGGUGGAGCGACUGGACUGCAGCAUACCAAUUAUAGCAUAGCUGGUCAUGACUGUGGUCACUACAAAGAACCUGAGAAAACAGUUGACCACGAAAAGAGGGAUCUCUAUCGGUACAAACAUUAUUAUAACCGAUAUAAAGCUCACAAACACUCCUUUAAGUUUGAAAGUAAACUGAAAGGUAGCAUACAAGAGAAGAUUCCUAUUUUCGAAAAGAAACAUUCUCAACGAAACAAAUAUCAACUCGGAGAUUAUAGCUGGGUAAAUAAUGGACUCUCUAGACUUCUCAGAUCUAGGUGCAUCCUUUCAUACUCAUAUGCAUUUGCAUUUUAUAUGUUUGGAGAUGAUCUUUUCAAAGAGGAAAUGUUAGAAGCUGAAAGGGAAAUAAAACAGAACUUAUUUGAGGAUCAACAGCAGCAGUUAGAGGCAAAUGUUGAAAGACUCGCUGAGAUUUUGCCGGAGGCUUUCAAAUCCUUACAAUAUGGUAAGGUUAUGAAGAGAAGGAUGCAGAUAAUAACUCUGUCAACAGUUAUUGACGAUCUUUGUAAAAAAAUGUACGAAUGCAUCGAGAAUGAUUUAUUGGAAUCUGUUAAUCUUGGUAGUAUCCACAUUAUAGCACCAUAUAAAUCAAAGGGCAUAGAGAGGGCUUCAUAGCUUCCAAUUUGUUCGAGCAAUAAAGCCAACAAUACAGGGACAGAGGUCAUCAACUCAUCAUAUGAGGAUAUAGAAAAUGCUGCCUUUUAAGCUUCUCGAAGAGGAGUUAGAAAGUGAAGAUUUUGUUUCUCGAAUCAAUGUUGACGAGUUGUUCUACAAUUAGCCAGAAUUGAGAAUUGUAUGAAAUUUUGUUACCAGUGUUUUUUACAUUUCCUUGCUGCAAUUUUGAUCCAAUAUUUACUUUGAAGAAUAAAUACUAUUGUCUUUAAUUGAGUUAGGCAUACUGUG